ACAACAAAGGCAUAGAGAGAUUGGUUUUCUUUCUCUCAGCAUCUCCACCCAACCAGCAGAAAACCGGUCUCUGAGGUUCCACCAAAAUAUGGAACUUGAUUUUGGACAUUUUGACGAAAGAGAUAAGACAUCCAGGAACAUGAGAGGCUCGCGGAUGAACGGGCUACCUAGCCCCACUCACAGCGCCCAUUGUAGCUUCUACCGAACCCGAACCUUGCAGGCACUAAGCAACGAGAAGAAAGCCAAGAAGGUACGUUUCUACCGCAAUGGGGACCGCUACUUCAAGGGGAUUGUGUACGCUGUGUCCUCUGACCGUUUUCGCAGCUUCGACGCCUUGCUGGCUGACCUGACACGAUCUCUGUCUGACAACAUCAACCUGCCUCAGGGAGUGCGCUACAUUUACACCAUUGAUGGGUCCCGGAAAAUUGGAAGCAUGGAUGAACUGGAGGAAGGGGAAAGCUAUGUUUGCUCCUCUGACAACUUCUUUAAGAAGGUGGAGUACACCAAGAAUGUCAAUCCUAACUGGUCUGUCAAUGUGAAGACAUCUGCCAAUAUGAAAGCCCCUCAGUCCCUGGCCAGCAGCAACAGUGCCCAGGCCAGAGAGAACAAGGACUUUGUGCGCCCCAAGCUGGUGACCAUCAUCCGCAGUGGGGUGAAGCCUCGGAAGGCUGUGCGUGUGCUUCUGAACAAGAAGACAGCCCACUCUUUUGAGCAAGUCCUCACUGAUAUCACUGAAGCCAUCAAACUGGAGACCGGGGUUGUCAAGAAACUCUACACUCUGGAUGGAAAGCAGGUAACCUGUCUCCAUGAUUUCUUUGGUGAUGAUGAUGUGUUUAUUGCCUGCGGUCCUGAAAAAUUUCGCUAUGCUCAGGAUGACUUUUCUCUGGAUGAAAAUGAAUGCCGAGUCAUGAAGGGAAACCCAUCAGCCACAGCUGGCCCCAAGGCGUCCCCAACACCUCAGAAGAGUUCAGCCAAGAGCCCUGGCCCCACGCGCCGGAGCAAGUCUCCAGCUGACUCAGGUAACGACCAAGACGCAAACGGAACCUCCAGCAGCCAGCUCUCUACCCCCAAGUCUAAGCAGUCUCCCAUCUCUACGCCCACCAGUCCUGGCAGCCUCCGGAAGCACAAGGACCUGUACCUGCCUCUGUCCUUGGAUGACUCAGACUCACUUGGUGAUUCCAUGUGAAGGAGGAAGAGUCCAGAGUACAAAUGCAAACUUACCGUUACAAUAGGGUACUUCUGCUCAAGUGUCCAACAGGGCUACUGGUGCUUUCAAAUUUUUAUUUUGUUGUUGUUGUUGUUGUUACUUUUAAAAACACACUGUAAUAUGUUGGGUUUAUUUUCCUGUGAUUUCUCCUCUGGGCCACUGAUCCACAGUUACCAGUUAUAAGAGAUAGAUUGAUAACCAUCCUUUUGGGGGUAACUUUCCAGGGAUGCAAAAUGUACUAGUCCAUGAUCUUUCUAUUGGAUACUUAGGCACCCGCGUUAUUUUCCCCCAUCUCGCUUUCCUCAUCUGUGACAGUCUUCCCUCUGCAGAGAGUUGUUUACACACAUAGCACUUAAGAUGUGUGUGGGGGUGGGGAGGGGAAAAUCAUUGGCAACUCCAAGAGUGACAAACAUAAGCGUCCCUUGUCUCCCCAUCUCAAGAAAGCUGGAGGAUCCUGGGAGGACGGCAAGGCAGCUCCCCAGCCUGGCACUUCACUCCUGAUUGAAACUCUAGUUUGUUGUUUAGCACUAAUUCUGGCUGCCAAGGGGGAGAAACACCAGCAACUUGUCAUUCUGACACCAAAGGCUUAGGACCUUGGUGUAGGAUAGGUUAAAGAGACUAGGCAAAAUUGGAAAACACUGUAGACAUUUCAAUAGUGUUUAUAAAGCACAGUGAAUUCCUUGUCAACAUCUCCACUGGGGCAAUUUAGAGUUGAUAAGCAAUUAAUAACAGUUGGGGGUGAGGGACUUUCGUAUACCUGGGCCCUCUAAGAGGCUGUCUAACCUAGCGAGUUAGGACACAAACUGUACGGUAUCCAUCUAUCUCUGUUCUAUUGAAUGCCUUGUAAACAGCCAACACUGAAAACACUGUGAGAAUUUGUUUUCAGGUCUGACACCUUUCAGUCGCUUUUUAUAGCAAGAAACCAAUAUCCUUUUUAUAAAACCUUGUGUCUGUAUUUCAGGAGCAAACUCUUCAGGCUCCUUUUUUAUAAACUGGUGAUUUUUCUUUUGUCUAAAAAACACAUGCAGAAAAUUUACCAAAAAAAAAAAUGCAGAAGAAUAAUGUAGUUUAGAAAUCAUGCUGUCACUGCCAAACAGAAACUUCCAGGAAAAAAAAAAAAAUGAAUAGCAGAGGCCAAUUCAAUAGAAUCAGUCUUUUGAUAACUUUUUAACAGUUAUGCUUACAUUAAUAAUUUCAAUGUGGACCAGACAUUCUAAUUAUAUUUUAAAUGAAAUGUUAUGGCAUAUUUUAAGCAGCUCUUUUUUAUCUAUAUUCCUGAUAUUUCAUACUGAAGACACAGAAUCCUUUCUCUUUGCUAUAAGGACUGAUCAUUUGAAAUAGUUCUCAGUCUUUGAGGUACAGGUUCAUAACACUGCUUUUUGUCUAUAAUCAUAGCCCAUAAUGGCAAAGACAACUAAAUUUAAGUAAAAGCCAUGCAUGCCAAUUCUGUGUUUGCUUUUAGCAGAUAUGAAGAUAUCCUUAUUUCAUUGUAAUUGUUCAGAUAGUUGGAAAGGUGCAACAUUCAAAGUCAAGCUGCUGUUUGGCUAUUGAAUGACUUGCAUUUGUUCCUCUGCUUUAACUGGAAUGAGCUUGGGGGGUGUGUGUGUGUGUGUGUGUGUGCAUGCGCGCAUGCGUGCGCACAUGCAUGUGUGCAUGUGCACGUAUGCAUGCACGCACACACACAUAGCUGAUUCAUAUUUAGGAGAUAUUACAGGACACCCUGACAUUAAUCAGUGGCAACUUUAUGGCAUUGCUGAUGUGCACUGUGUAGGAGGAAAUGCACUGAUGGAAGGGUUAGAUCAGAUGCCCCAAGACAAGCUUCAGAUGUCCUUAGCUACAAGGAAAAUCCAGAUGAUGGUGGUACUGACUCCUGGUAAAACUGGUCAUUGAAAAACCCCAAAGUAUAAGAAUCUCUUUUUGCCCGCUCUCCUUUAUUUGUAAGCUGUUAGAAAUCAUUAAAAAGCCCAUUUUACUUACCCACUACUUCUUUCUGGAAGCUAAAGUUUUGCUUAGUGCCUCCCAGAAAAAUUUGUAGUUAGCUGGGAAAAAAUGGUACUUGGGUUGGAGGCUGUAGAGAGUGGUAGGAGGUCAGUAUCUAAAUUGCAAACCAGAUUCCCCAAAGAUUCCACCCAGUCUUUCUCUAGAUAUCAUUUAGUCCAAUUCCUUCAAUUUAAGAUGAAAGGCAGGCUGAGGCAGCCAAAUGACCAUCUGGUAAAGAGCAGGACCAGAGGAGAAACUCAGAUUUCCUUAUGUCCACACCCCAGGCUACCUCUCUGAGCAUUCCCUUGCUUGUGCCACAUGUACCAUUAGAAAAUAUUCAGUGGCCAUAUUUUCCUCAGAAUGAUCUUUCAACCUUCUAUAAUAAUCAAUGCAUUUCUAUUAUUAUCGUCUAUAAUAAUAAUAGAAUUUCUAUCUUUCAAAAAAUAAAUAAUAAGGAAAUGUUUCUGUACUGCCACUUUAGGGGACUUUGGUCUAGUUCAAACUUCAAGCCUUUAACAACUGCAUUUUAAAUUGGCCCAUUUUCAAGGCAAAAGAGAAAAAAUCUGGUUGUUACUGAGCUCCUUCAGUCCUGUCAUUCAUUCUCAGUUUUACCCAAUCCAGUUUUACCACAAAUGUCCUGUUGUAUUACUUUCUGCACAGUCAGCAAAUAGCAGGUCAGUCAGCAAGGAUUUGCCACCACUCCCCCCAUUCUCCCUCCCUCUUAGACACACAUGCACACACACACACAAUCCAUCUAUUGCUUGUUCCUACCUCCUGAUUUUUCUCCCUUACAGAAAUAGAAAUAGGGACAAAGAAGGGGAAAAUGUAUAUAUGGGGCUGGGCUGAACAACUUCAUAAGUAGUGUUAACUGGGGUAAAUUGAGAGAAAAGUUCCUUUUCUCUUCACUGUUUUGGAAAGGAUAGCCAUUAGCAUGACUGCUUUGUGUCCUUACAGACUUUAGUAUUAGCCUAGACUGAAUCAUACAGUUUUCAAGCUGGAAGGAAUCUUCAGAUCAUAUCAUUACUACAAAUUCCUCAUUUUCAGGCCAGGAACGGAGAUGCAGUGGUAAAGUAAUUUCCCCAAGGUCACACAGCUGGCUAGGGGCAGGGAGGGCUGGGAUUAGAACCCACAUCUCCUGGCUCUCAUUCCAAGGCCUUUCCCACUGAACUGUAUUGCCUUCCACUAGGCUCCUGAGAAUUCUUUCCCAGGGUCAUGUUGCAUCUUGGAGCCAUAUGCUGCUGCCCUGAUCUCAGUGGGAAAUCCACCCACCAACCUAAUACAGCUCUUUCUCCCUAUAUUCACAUGGUUCCCAUCCACAUGGACUGCAGAUGUCCCCAGAGAGAAGCAGGCAUUGAGGACCAAUAGGAAUAGUGGGGCUGCUGCCCUCGUCCAUCAAGCACCUGGGAUCCCUGCCCACCUUGAGGAGUCCUCAGAACAGUCCCCAGAGCUCCUGCUCUGUUCAGAUGGGAUGGGGGAAGACUGAUUUCUCCUGUAAAUUCACUUCAUCUCAUCUCAUACGGGUUGGUCUUUGUAGGCUGAGGUAAAUGUUUCUUGUUCCUAGGGCAGGAGAAGGAAAGAAGGGAGGGAGAGAGGGAGAAAUAAUAGCUUUGUUUAUCCUGACUUUCUGAGAUGACUUUUCAGUAUUUUUUAAAUGAGUGUGGCUACCAUUCCCUGGCCUGGAGGAGGGCAUGGCAACCCACUCCAGCAUUCUUGCCUGAAGAAUCCGCAUGGACAGAGGAGCCUGUUGGGCUACAGUCCAUGGGGUCACAAAGAGUCGAACACGACUGAAGCAACCAAGCACGGCACAGCACCAUUCCCUGGCAAUGAUUUGUUUUUUUAUUUAUUUAUUUUAAUUGGAGACUAGUUACUCUACAGUAUUUUGGUGAUUUCUUUUAAAAUGUGGGAAUGAGACUAGCUAGAGAAAAUAACCAGACCUUGCUGUGGUUGUGCUCAUCCACAAUUUUCCCAUAGCCAUCCAGCAUCGAUGGAGACAAUUUCCAGGUAUAAGCAAGGGGCUUUGUGACUAAAAUGUACCCUGGCUGAUGUUAAACUUUGACUCCUUGUAUUUGCACUAAAAUAGCAAGCUGUGUGCUGUACACACCAUACUUCUCUUGUUGUGUACACUGCUCCUGUGGCCUCCAUGGCAGAAACCAGGGCAAUGGGGUCUGAACAUGUAGCUUUCCCCACAGUGAGGUUCUUCCUGGGAACUAGGUAUUCAUCAGUUUAGUUCUGAAAGACCUCCUUCCAGGCUUACCCCACUCCUCUGGAAAUUCUCUCUCCUUCUUGCUUCUCCUCCUCCCUCAGUGUAACCAAGGAACCUUAAAGGAAAUGUGGUGUUAUCGGAAGAAGGCAAGAAGAGCGGGUUUGAAUCUCCAGAUUCUUCUUUGAGCCACCCAACCCAAGUCUUAGGCCAGCAAUCGAAUGUUUGCCUUGGACAAAAUUACAUCAGCUUCUUAGUCCCUUUAGUACUCUGGAUGGACGUGUCCCUAAUCCCCCUCAGAUUUAUUUCUGAAUAGCUUAUCUUAAACACACACACACACACACACACAUCUCCCCUGGACAAGGGUACAAGCAUGCCAUGUCUCUAAGAUGAGCUCCAGCACACUGAUGAGAAUGUUCCCCCAGCUCAGUGCUCCUCAAAAACAUCUGUGCCAAGGGACUUUCCCAGACAGAUACAGUGGGAUAGUGGUGUUUGAAUGACCUCCCCCUACUGUCCAGUUUACCAUGGCAAUAAAAAAACAUGCAUAUUUCUUUCUUUUAAAGCCACUGGAACCUGUCCUUGGCCACAUGAAGUCAUUUGGAUUUCUAAGACCAGGCCUCACUCUUGUAUUGUCAUUGCAUUAAGGGAUUUGACCUAGAGGCCUAGGCUGGCUUCCUAAGUAAACCAUCAAUGUUUUGAAGCUCAUCUGGGACUAGCAAGGGGUUAGAGUCCUAAUGUUUUAGUACUGGGAACCUAGAGAGAAUAAAGACCUAGCAAUUGACAUGCCAGAAAUGACCUGAGACCUCCUAUGUAGCCAUGGAGCCUUACAAUUGUUGGCCUUCCUGGGUCUCUCUCCUGAUGUGAAACUUUGAGGCUGUUACACUCUGCCUCUGCCCAAGAAGGAGACCCCGUACGUAGCUUCAUCCACAGUUCUAUGAUCCCAUGCAGGGUUGACUCUUCGUUACAGGUGUGACCACCUGGAACAAGGAUACUGCCUUGAUUCCGCUCACCUACCUUUUGGCUAGAGAUACAUCUCCAGCAGGUUCUCUGGCUUUGGGUGGCCAAGACCCAGUUUGAUGAUGUUAACACUCAAUGGAUUGCCCUUAGUCAGCUCUAAGUGGCAUGAUAAUGGACUGAGACAACACAAAUCAUUUCUUAAAAACGAAUUCCCAAUUCUAUUCUUCCUCUGUCUAGCAGAACUCACUUCCCUAGUAGAUACAAGACUCGAGGUUCUUGCUACACAGCAGGCAAGACACAUCUGCAGGAAAGAAAAUGCAUUUCUAAACCCACAGAGCACUGGCUCCAGCAGGCAACCUACUAUGGGCUGAAACUUAACAGCUUCACCUAGCCCCUUCUUCUUUUUCUUUUCAGAGACAAGAAGGCUUCUCCAUCAGUCAACCUUUCAGUAUAUCUGGCUAAAGAAUUCUGCUCCUCCUAUCUCUUCAGGAAAGGGUGAUUUCUUCCUCUGUCUCUCCUACUCUGGUCUCCAAACUUGUCUCCAUCCCCACAGUUCUAGUGUGAUCUUUGCAUUCAACCUUUUGAGUUGAGUGUAAAUAAGCUUCUUGCUUAUUUUCAGGCCUCCUAGUGUGACACUGGUUAUCAUAUGACAAGACUCUUGAAUCACCUACCCCUUCUAACUGGCUAACAUUUUAUUCCUUAGUUUAUAGGCUUCAACAUCUUCUGGAAUCAGAAGCUAUCUUGUCUUGCCUUGGAUGCCUGGGGCUGGGGGGUAUAGAAUUCUCAUCGGGAAUUAAGGCAUCUUUCUGCUCCCAAGAGAAGGACAGUCUAGUUGGGCAAGGAAAGGUGGCACAGAGAAGUCAGAGCAAACAUCUUGUAAACUAAGAUGAAGACUUAAAAGUAUUGGAACUUCUCAUUUCUAGGUUAAUAAUCUGAGGAAAUCAAUGUUUUUUUUACCACUCUCUACCUUACCUCCCCUGUGUAUCUCAGUCUUUUCUUUCUCUCUCUACUUCACCAUAUUUGCUCUCAGUUUUAUACUUUCCACAUUAUAGACAUCUAUCCUUUGUCCUCUGCAAUUCUCUCUCUCUCUUAAUUUUUCCUUCCUCCUUAUCUAACUAUUGGAUAUAUACCUCUUCUUAGCCCUGUGAUUUUGCCUUGGUGAUGAGUAGUUAUUUCCAGACUUAAUGAGCCCUGAUCCUACGAGAGUCCCGUUAGAAGUCUGUUGGUGGGGAGCAAUCCGAGCCUGGCCCUUUCUCCAACAUUUUCAGUUGUAAUUCAUUGAAGCAGAUCCUCACAUACAGUUUCAUUAUAGCUCAUGUAUCUUUGGGUCUUUGCCUUCCAAGCAUUGUACAGAAUACUUUGUGUUUCAUUUUAGUCCACAAUUUUGUGGUGCAGUGAAGUAUGCUCAGAAAAAUAAUCAGCUGAACAGAAAAAUCCACCUAUGGAUUCAUACCAGCUAAAUACUAUGAAUUGAUUUUGUUUAAUCUGCUCAUAAUUUUAAAAGCUGCAAUAUAAUAUAGUGAGAGACCACAGGUAAUUUCUCCUGUCAUAUGGUUUGGCUGGACAGGGGUGUUGGGUGGGGUGGGGGGCAAUUUGUUUUAACUUUUACUGUUAUACAAUAAGCUCUCCACAAUAAUCUUAUAAACACUAAGGCUUGCCAAAUGUUGAAUUUUUUAAAGCUAAACUUAUAGGCAAUUGGGAUUGGUUUAAAUGUUAAGGGUGUUUAGCAAUUCCACAAUAUAAACAGAAGCAUUCACAUAAUUAAAUUUUAUUUUUCCUUCUGUUACUAAAUUCACCUAAACAUUUACUAUUGAUGCCAAUUCUUCAUGGUCCCAUGCAGGCAAUCCAUAUAAGAGUAAUUAAUGACACUAAAGAAGCCAUCUUGCAGGUGCUAAUUUAUUCAACAGGGUGCAUAGCCCUUGGGAAUGUCACUGCUUAGCAAGACCUUAUGGAAUGCCCUUUCCAAUGCCAUUUCUUUUUAAGUUCUCUUAAAGGGAUUUGAGCAAGUAAGAGGUUACACCAAAAUGUCUCCAAUGUAUGGUCCUGUAAUAUAUUGCAGCUUGAAGCCAAUGAUCCCUUAUGACUUGUACACAACUAAUGCAUGUUUUGAUUGAAUUUUGCAUUUCUCAUGUGUGGUAAGUUCUUUACAAUGUUUUCGGUCACCUUUUUGUGCCAUUAAACUUGUACAGAAAAUGCUUUUAUGGCCAUUUUCAAAGGGAGAAAGUUCAAAAUGGAACAGCCCACCCUUUCUACCCUAUAGCUGUAGUUAGAACUCAGUUACUGUAGCAAAACAGCUGUAAUUGGUGGUUGUAGUGUUAGAGGUGUUAGCUUGCUAGUGACUAGCUUUGGAGAGUAAAUGCAUGGUAUUAUUGUACAUCACAUUUCUUAAAUAACUCAUUUUAACCUCUGAAAAGAAUAUAUUCUUCCUUGUGGUCCCUCUUCCCUCCCUUGCCUUCUCCCUCCCCCUGCUCCCAGAUGUCUUACGGUUGUAAAUAACUGAUUUAAGGCCCAAUAAUUUUUGCCAAGUAAAGUCAGCAAAGAACAAACAAACCAGAAAGGGGGAGGAAAGAAAGACAUUUCUCAAUGGUCUCUCAGCAGUUAUUGACCAUUUCUCAAGGAAUGGCAUAGUGAUCAAAGACUCAGCUCACCUUUGAAUAAAAAUCAGUGGCAAAUGGGGAGCCUCUUUGGCAAUUUGAUGACGUUGCAAAUUGAAUAAUUCUCAGAAUCACCCAUAAUCGAAACACAGUGGGCAACACUUACCCUUGCAGCAGUGUUCAGAUAUUCAGAGGCUCUCAGAAGGUUAUGCUUGACCAACGACCAAUAAUUAUUUUUUAGAAAAAGAGAAAGACAAUAGAUAUUUAGGGGUUUUUAGCUGCCCCUUUAGAAUAGUUAUAGUGAGACAAGACAAGGACAUGGGUUUAUGUGCACUGCUGCCAGUUUCCCGGGCAAUUCCCAGCCUGCUCUUAGGCUGAGCUGCAAAAGCAGUGUUCCAAGAAGGCAUCCUCCUUUAUGGUUUGCUGUUCCCACUUGGACUGGUAGGUUUGGUGAGGCCCAUGUAAACCAGCUGGAGCAGACCCUUUUCAUCUCCUGUGCCUGUUAAUAUCCCUCUUCCUCCCUCCACAAUUUGAUGAGGGCUUUCUUUGGUCAGAGGACUUCAAAGUUUAGAGAAGUUCUCCAUGUGUGAAACGUGUUGUGAACUGUGAAUGCUGCAGAUUCACAGCGUUCAGUACCGGGCAGCCACAGAGCUGCUCUUGCAAUCAUUUUGGCUCUCAAGCUCUGUUCUUCAUCUCAUGCUCAUUUCUGUGUACAUUUGCAAGAUGUGUGUAAUGUCAUUUUCCAAAAAUAAAAUUCGAUUUCAAUA